UUAAGGGGGCGUUUGGUUGGGGGUAUUAAGGAAAGGGAAAGGGAAUGAAAAUACCCCAUUCCCUUUGAUGUUGUUUGGUUCGCAUUUUGAAUCAUUCCGUUUACCCAAUUUUAGGUUUUGGUUAACCUAAAUCACGUAAUCCCCAUUCCCCACCUCCCCCUCCACUUUCCCAUUCCAUUCCCUUCCCCAUUCAGCUCCUGCUUCCUUCCUCGCCUCCCUACUGCUGCUGCUGCCUCCUUCCUCGCGCCUCCCUCCUCGCGCCUCCUUGCUGCUGCUGCUGCGCCUCCAUUAACGGAAUCUCUAUUAACAGGUGAGUCUUCCUUUUUCUUCUUUCUCCUUUUUUAGAUUUCUGCUGCUGUUUUCGUUUGCUUUUUUGUUGCUUUUUCUUCUUUCUCCAUUAACGGAAUCUCCAAUUUUAGGUUUUAGAUUUCGUUUUCUGCUCCUUCGUUCGUUUUCCCAUUUGAGUUCCAUUGAUGUUGUUGAUGCUGUUGAAAUCGUUCGUUUUAGAUUUAGCUAUUGAUGCUGUUGCUUGAAUCUUGUUGCUUGAUUCUUCGUUUUCAUUAACAGUGUUGUUCCAUUAACAGUUGAAUCUUCGUUUUCAGUUGCUUGAAUCUUGUUGCUUGAAUCUUCGUUUUCAUUAACAGUAUUGUUCCAUUAAAAGUUGAAUCUUCGUUUUCAGUUGCUUGAAUCUUGUUGCUGUUGAAACCAAAUUUGAGUUCACUGUGUUGAUGCUUGUUGAUGCUUGUUGAUUUCCCAUUUAAAUUGAUGUUUGAAUCUUGUAUGGUGUUGAUUGUUGAAGCAGUAUUGGUGUAUGAUUAAAUUGAUGAAUCUUGUUGCUGUAUCAUUAACUAUAUCGUGUUGCUGUUGAUUGUUGAAUCUUGUUGAUUGUUGAUAUCCAAAUUGAUGUUGUUUUAGAAACUUGGGAUUUUAGAAAUUGGGAUUAUUGAUGUUGUUUUAGUAUGAUUAAAAAUUGGGAUUUUAGAAACUUGAUUAUGUAUCAUUGUUUGUUUGUUUGUUUGGUUUUCAAGAAUACAUGGAAACAAGGUGCUUGGUAAUUCUUUGAUGUUCUUAUUGAUGUUCAUUUGUACAGAAAAUGGCUAGCAUUGGUACUUCUUUGAAAAGGAAGAGAAAUUGGGAUUGUAUUCGGUUCAUAAUUACUAUGAUUAAUUGUGUUGUGUUGCUACAUUUGAUGUUGUACUCGAUGAGAAAAACUAUAUACGAUUCCCAUUAUGUUAAGCUUGAUAAAAAAACUAGGAGAAAAAUGAGAUUGCACAACUUGAAUAGAAUGAUUAGAGAAAGUGACACUUUGUGUAGGAACUAUCUUCGUAUAAAUCGAUACACAUUUGGUGUUCUUUUAGAGAUGGUUAGAGAUAUUGGUGGAUUAAAUGAAACAAGAAACACAUGUUUGGAAGAGAUGGUUGCGGGUUUCUUAUACACAUUAGCUCACCAUAAGAAAAAUAGAAUGAUGGGUGCACAUUUUUAUAGAAGUGGUGAAACUAUUAGUAGACAAUUUCAUGCUUGUUUGUUAGCAAUCUUAAAGUUACAUGAUAUUCUUCUUAAGAAACCAACACCAAUACAAGAGGAUUGCAACGAUGAAAGAUGGAAAUAUUUCAAGAAUUCAUUAGGUGCCCUUGAUGGUACAAUGAUUCUAGUGAAUGUUCCUUGUGAUGAGCGAUCCAAAUAUCGGACUAGAAAAGGUACCCUUGCUAUGAAUGUAUUAGGAGUAUGUUCACCCGAGAUGGAAUUUAUAUAUGUCUUACCUGGUUGGGAGGGGUCGGCACACGAUGGUCGGAUUCUUCGAGAUGCUAUUUCUAGGCCUAAUGGGUUGAAAGUUCCAAAAGGUUGUUAUUAUCUAUGUGAUGGAGGAUAUACUAAUGGAGAAGGAUUCCUUGCACCCUAUAGAGGGCAUCUUUAUCAUCUUAGAGAAUGGAAUAAUGGCCCCCGACAACCCCAAACCGCCGAAGAAUAUUUCAACUUAAGGCAUGCAAAAGCUAGAAAUGUGAUUGAGAGAUGCUUUGGAUUACUCAAGGGAAGAUGGGGGAUUCUUAGAAGUCCUUCUUGGUUUAGUUUACAAACACAUGGUCGAAUUGUACUUGCUUGUGCUUUAUUACAUAAUUUGGUAAAGAGAUACAUGCUUGCAGAAUUUGAUGAUGAGGACUUGUUUGAGGAAAAUGAUAGUGAUGAUAAUGAUGGUGAUGAUAAUGAUGGUGAUGUUAAUGAGGAAGAUGAUGUGGAGUACAUAACCUCCAUUGCUGUAACCGAUCCAUGGACGAAUUUCCGAAAUACAAUGGCCCAACAUAUGUUCAAUGAUUGGAGGGCUAGACAACGCAGACUUACUUUGUGAUGUUAUUCAUUUUUAUUUAAAACCUCCAUUUCUUGUAUUUGAUUUUCAGACUUGUAUGUUUAUUUCUUGUAUUGAAUAUUUGUUGGUUCAUUCCAUUUUUAUAUACAUGCAAUUUUGUUUACUAUGAUCA